ACAACGAAGAUGGCGUGUUGUGGAAACUGUUUUUGUUGCCAAUGUUGCUGCAGAGAAGGAGAGACACGGACACCAGAGGAACUGACAAUCCUUGGGGAACUCCGGGAUGAAGAAGAUGAGAUUCUACCGAGGAAAGACUAUGAGAGUUUGGAUUAUGACCGCUGCAUCAAUGAACCCUAUGUGGAGGUUCUGGAGGGGAUGGACAACAGGAAAGCCAAAAAGUAUGAAGCAGUGCGGUGGAUCAUGGUGUUCACCAUUGGAGUAACAGUGGGUCUGGUGGGUCUGUUUGUGGAUUUCUUUGUGCGCCUCUUCACCAAAGUCAAGUUUACUCUGGUCGGUGAUUCUGUGGAGAAGUGCACUGAAAAAGGCUGCUUACCUCUGUCUCUGCUGGAGCUCCUGGCAUUCAACAUGACCUUCGUCUUCAUCGCCAGUGUGUUCGUCCUCAUUGAGCCAGUAGCUGCAGGUUCGGGGAUCCCAGAAAUUAAAAGUUACUUGAACGGCGUGAAAAUUCCUGGAAUUGUGCGCUUGCGAACUUUUCUGUGCAAGGCAGCUGGAGUUCUGUUCAGUGUGGCCGGAGGUCUGUUUGUGGGGAAAGAAGGUCCGAUGAUACACAGUGGAGCCAUUGUGGGAGCUGGCCUUCCUCAGUUUCAGAGCAUCACUUUCAGGAGGAUCAAAUUUGAUUUUCCCUAUUUCCGCAGUGACAGGGACAAGCGAGACUUUGUGUCAGCGGGCGCUGCUGCUGGAGUAGCUGCUGCUUUUGGUGCUCCUAUAGGUGGCACCCUCUUCAGUCUGGAGGAGGGCUCCUCUUUUUGGAACCAGGCUCUCACUUGGAAAGUGCUCUUCUGUUCCAUGUCGGCCACUUUCACCCUCAACUUCUUCCGUUCAGGGAUCAACUUCAACAAGUGGGGCUCCUUCCAGCUGCCUGGUCUGCUCAACUUUGGAGAGUUUAAGUGUCAAGAUGGAGACAAGAACUGCCACCUGUGGACAGUUGUGGACCUGGCCUUCUUUGUCCUGAUGGGGGUGGUGGGCGGCCUGCUGGGGGCGCUCUUCAACUGCAUGAACAAGUGCCUGGCCAAGUACCGCAUCAGACACAUCCACCCCAAGGCCAAGUUUAUCAGAGUUCUUGAGAGUCUGCUGGUUACCAUGGUGACGACAGUGGUGAUAUUCGCUGCUUCCAUGCUGUUGGGCGAAUGCCGUGACCUGUCCUCCCCCACAACUCAUAACUCAACACUGUCCGGCAGUGAGGACAUCAAUUCAACCAUCCGCCAGUUCUUCUGCUCCAACAAGACCUACAAUGACAUGGCCACGUUGUUCUUCAAUCCACAGGAGGCUGCCAUCCACCAGCUCUUCCACCAGGAUGGUACCUUCAGCCCUGUGACGCUGUCAGUGUUCUUCCUUCUGUACUUCCUGUUGGCCUGUUGGACCUACGGUGUGUCUGUGCCCAGCGGCCUCUUCGUCCCCUCCUUGCUCUGUGGGGCGGCUUUUGGACGUCUGGUAGCCAACAUUCUCAAAGUGAAACUGGGGAUGGACAUCUACUCGGGGACCUUCGCUCUCAUCGGCGCCGCCGCCUUCCUCGGAGGUGUGGUCAGAAUGACCAUCAGCCUGACUGUCAUCCUCAUUGAGUCCACCAAUGAGAUCACAUACGGGCUGCCCAUCAUGAUCACUCUGAUGGUUGCUAAGUGGACUGGAGAUUUCUUCAACAAGGGCAUCUAUGACAUCCACAUCGAGCUGAGAGGAGUGCCGCUGCUGGAGUGGGAGACUGAGGUCGAGAUGGACAAGCUGACGGCCAGUGACAUCAUGGAGCCCAACUUGACCUACGUGUACCCCCACACCCGGGUCCAGUCUCUAGUCAGCAUCCUGCGCACCACUGUCUACCACGCCUUCCCCGUGGUCACUGAAAACCGGCAGAACGAGCGAGACUUCAUGAAGGGCAACAUCCUGGUCAGCAACAACAUCCGCUUCAAGAAAUCCACUGUUGUGUCUCGCGCGGGGGAACAGCGGCGGCGCUGCCAGUCCAUGAAAUCGUACCCGUCCAGCGAGCUGAGGAACGUUUGUGACGAGCAGAGCGCCGUGGUGGAGCCUGCAGAGGAGGGAGAGGACCUGCUGCAGCAGAUGUUAGAGAGGAGACACGCCCCCUACCCCAACCUGUACCCAGAUCAGUCUCCCAGUGAGGAGUGGACCAUGGAGGAGCGCUUCAGACCGCUCACCUUCCACGGCCUGAUCCUGCGCUCCCAGCUGGUCAACCUGCUCAUCAGAGGGGUCUGCUACGCCGAGAACCAGUCGAGCGCCACUCAGCCCAGGCUGUCCUUUGCCGAGAUGACUGAAGAUUACCCACGUUACCCUGACAUCCACGACUUGGACCUCGCCCUGCUCAACCCCCGCAUGAUAGUGGAUGUCACCCCCUACAUGAACCCAUGUCCCUACACAGUGUCACCCAACACACGCAUCUCCCAGGUGUUCAACCUGUUCAGGACCAUGGGCCUGCGACACUUACCUGUGGUCAAUGCUGUCGGAGAAAUUGUUGGAAUAAUCACAAGACAUAAUUUAACCCACGAGUUCCUUGUGGCCAAACUGCGGCAGCACUACAUAACCGUGUGACCCGACUCAGGACGUCCUGCUGUCCUUCCAACCCAAACUCUGUGCCGCCUGGUCCUGAGCCUUCAUCUCUGUCCAUUCCUAACAGCAUGUAGGCGUUCCCAAACACACGCAGGACACUCAACAUCACACACACACACUCUCUCUGUGCUACAGCAGGGAACACACUUCUCCAGUGAGUGAAACCGUACCGUUGUCUUGCAGUGUCAGUGUUGAGGGAUUGUCAGCCUUCCUCCAGCCUCAGAUCCACUGGUUUCACUGGGAGGACUGGGCGUAAUCUGUGUAAUGGGACUGUAUUUGACUUCACCAUGUUGAUGUGUCUGUAAAAAGUCACGGAUAGAUGGCUGAUAAUUCAUCAACACUGUUCAGACUGUGUGCUACAGGACUGAGGGGUCGGAUCUGGAAGCAUUCAGCUUAAAGGGACCUAUCGUGUGCUGGAUGUCCAUGACAAAAUUAAGGUUUCAAAUAAAUGUAUCGUAUGUAAAAGUAAAGCUCAGCGUCUGUCAGCUCUGAACACCAGGUUUCGGAGGUUUCUCUGCUGCAGCGAUGAACUGACGUCAUCUCAUCACUGAUUUCUUCAUGUAGUCGUCCGCUCCAAGCUCAGUUCGUUCCCCCACACCAGUCUGCUUGAGUAUUAUCAUAGACGUUUAAUGUGCUCAUUUGGCCACAGCAGAAUAACAUUUUACUAACAACGUUAGCUUUGGUGUUUCCUGACAGCAGAUGUUUUCCCCUUCAGUUUCAUUUUAGCUAAUUCCCCACACGUUCAAUUACUAACAGGAGCCUAUAUAGAAACAUUUUAUAAACAGAUUGAAAGACUAAAUCUGAUAAGGAUGGAUGGAUCUGAUAAGUUUUCAUUAAUUAUGUUCUGUUGCUUAGUUUUAAAGUUUGCUUUCAGAGCCUCCACACCGGUAAGAGGAUGAGGCUGCUCACAAGCGCCGGGUUCGGCCAAUCAGAAGAAGGAGGCCUGAGCUAAUAUUUCCCGUUUGAAUCAUAGUGGACUCCCAGAAUAAAAAUAUAGAGCUGAAAAUGAGCAUAAUAGGUCUCUUUUAAAGCAUUAGUAAUCGCUUCAAUUAAUUUGGUGACUUCAUCACAUUAACUGAUUUAACACGACUGAGGAAACCAGUGAUAACACAGGUAGAUCUUUUUCGUCAGAUGAGUCGAUAGCCUCGCUCGCAGCAGCCCACGCUGUAUUUUGUUGAUUGUGCCAACAUGAAACAUGAUGUUCAUAGAAGGAUUCAAAAAUAAGACCUGAAAAAAAGACAACAACAGCUUUGAUGGCGAUGGAAAAGAUUUGUUCAGAUUUGGUGUUGGUGCACGUCGCCUCCUGUUUCUGCUGGUUGGAGACACAACUGAACUAUCAGAGCAUUGUAGGCAGAAUUCAUAAUGAGGAAGUCAUUGUCCUACGGAGCCUGUUAGCUGCCAAACUACAGCCAUGGGAAAAAAUCAAACAGAAGAAAAAAGCUACAAAAUGUUGUUUGGAUGACACAGAUAUAACUUUACAUUGAGUCUUGAAAAAGUAAACGAAAGAGCACAUGUUUGUGGAGGUGACAGCUCCAGUGACCUGUGGAUGGCGUUGCUCACAGUUUGAAGCCUGCGGUACAACAAACUACCAAAAUCAAACUUUCCUCACUACCUUCAGGAUCUUUCUUUUGACCUUUUGGAUGAUGUUCUGUCAUUGUUGUCACUGUAGCACUUUUAUUUACGACUGUUGUCUGUACAUUUUAAUUUUCUGUGUAAGUAACUGGAAUAUGCACUAAAGUUACGGCUCGUUCGCAGCUUAACUGGACUUCAGGACCGUGUCGGUUCAUUCCGUGUAAUGUAGGACACAGUAACAUUUCUAACCACCUCGGCGGACAGUAUAAUUUGCACUUAUGACAUGUAGUAAUAUUUUCACUCAGUCAGCUCAGAGUUAGAAAGUGUCAGGGCUAAGAGGGCUGUGUCUCAGAUUAUGCUGACCAAGGUUUUGUUAUGUAACAGGGAAUUUAAAGUAAAACUGAGAAAAUCCAGUUUUAUUAAAAAACUAAUGUCCAAACUAUUUCAUCAAACUGUUGUGAUAUUAGAUUUGUAGCAGUAUAGCAUCUCUCUGGUCCAUUGCCCUCAUACAACACAUUGUCAUUCCUAAAAGGGACUAAAAAAUGUGACCGGGAACAAAGGCAAGUAAAAGGAAGUGUUGUUGUACUUUUAUUGAUGGACAUAGUUCACUGUAUGUUAGGUUGAUGGAUUAUUAGCAGCCACGACGGCACAUAUGUACAUCGAACAUCCCACGUUUGUUUCUUAUCUCUUCUGUUUUAUUUAAGAGAUUAUUUUUUUAUACAAUUUUAUUUUUAUGAUUUGCUGCCUGUGCUGUGAAUGAUUCAGUGUCAUGCAAUUGUAUUUCUAAAUGCACGAGGCCGUCCUGGAUACUAUUAUUGUUUAUAGUCCAAGUGUUGCUCACUUGUUAUUUUUAUGUUGCCCAAACUACAUACGGCAGAAUAUGAGAUUAAGAGAAACGGUGGAUAGUAUGUCCUACUGUGAAGCCAGACCUGACAGACUGUGAAGGACUGUGAAGGACUGAAGGACUACUUCUUUGUGUGUCGUAUGGCUACGUGGAGAUUAGACAGCGGCCUGUGCUUGUUUAGGAAUUUGUAGUUUCUACAGACGUAGAGAACUGGCACAAAAAGCUGCAGCCAUGGAACAAAAACCAGAGAAACUCUGUCUCGUGCCUUUAUUAUUGUUUAAAUAAAGGUCCUUCUGUUUUGUCAAUCAUA